AUGGACAACCAGAACAUCAUCGUCAUCAUCGUCAUCAUGGCUUUGAUCAUGGACAGAUCUAUGCUCCCGACGGGAGCCACCACAGAAAUAGCCACGACGGACAAGAACUUGUCAACAGCAUCGCCAUCCACGUCCAGGGCAGUCAGUGCUGCCCCGGCGAUCCCUUACAUCGUCUAUGUGCGUGAAGCAGACCAGCGCUCAGAGACCACAUAUUCUGGUGCCGACCACGCCCAGCCAUACUGCCGUGUCGACAUCAGCGUGCUUCUCGGUGUCUCCAGUCGCAGCGGCGGCGGCGGCGAGCAGCGACACGGCAUCUUUGGAGCCAGAGACCUGAUCCACGGCAACACUGGUGGAACUCAUGCCCGGGGACAGCCAGAAGGGGGUAGAUGGUACACGUCAGAUGCCUGGGCUUCGUUGAAAGAACAGGUUCUUUCCCACGGCACAGAAGCGGCUGCACACGCUUAUCCGCCGGGAGCAUCGUCAAAUAAUGCAGCGUUUUCCUCUGAUGCUACCGGGGGCUCAAGUAGCGAUCACCCUCAAUCGAUGCCCCAGCACACGCCACUUCGUCAGAAUUUGGAGGCAGAGACAUCAUCAAUGUUGCCCCAAAGCACGCAUCGCCCUGGCAAUGGCGAAGAUUCGACCGUCUUCCCAUUGCUAACCAUGUCGGGCUUUUAUUCCACAGCUCGACGUGACGGCAAUACUUCUGCAUACCACCCGACCACGGGUGAUGGCGCCGGCGCCGGUGUCGAUCAAAGGUUUCCAGUCGUCGACCCGAGGCUCUUGCAGCAGAUACCAUACGAACCUCAUCAGCAGCGCUUCGGUGGAUUACACGGAUACAAUGGUGGCUUCGUCCAGCCGCAGCAGAUGCAACACCAGCCUGACAUGCCCUUACAUCAUGGCGUCCCCACCCAUCUGUCCUCUGGCGGAUAUCGAAGUCCAUGGGCCUCGCUGCCGGCUUCCCCGGGCUACGCUGCCCGGCGGCAGCCGCCUCAGCCGCCUCCAGCACCCGUCGAGAAGGCCAAAACGACAAGACAGGCGCCUGCGACUCCAAAGCGCUCUAGAAAAGCCUUACCGAACGGGAGCCGUGCUCGCCAACCGCGGAAAAGACCACCAGCAGGGCCGAGGGCGAGCAGGAACCGCACUAGCAAAGCCUCCGAGACCCCCGUGACGGGGAAGACAACUACUCAGCCAGCGGUUGAACUCGAUUCCUACGCACCAGGAGAAGCGGCAGUGGCUGGCCAGCAGACGAGACUGUCGCGAGAUAUCCCGAACGAGUCCGAUGCUAUUUUGGGCAACGAAAGUUUCGUGCGCAGAGUUGCCAGUCCUUUGAGUGCCGGCCAAGAAGACAACCUCGUCGAACAGAGACUUGUAGAUCAUGUUGGAACAGAGCUCGACAAGAGCAGCAUUGAUCCGGCUAAUGAAGGCCUCUUCCUUGAGCCCGGGCUCAUGUUGACGGGGCAUACAUGGUUUGACACCGAGGAAAACGGUCAUGCAGGCGAUGGUAUGAUGGUUGUCGUGGAUCAAUCGACUCCACGAGCACCAUAG